UGGAGCAGAGAGGAGAGAGAAACAGAGGGUAAAAAAAAAGCAAGAGAGAGAGAGAGAGAGAGAAGAAAGGGGGGGGCAAGCACAGGCACAAAGAGGAGAGAGUGCAAGCACAGGCACAAAGGGGCACGUCCAAUCCAGUGUUAUUGGUAGUAGUACUAAUUACUCUCCUUCUAUUUCCAUUACUGGAAACUGCAGCAAAAGCUUGGGUAUCCACUCCAGUCCCUCAGAGAAUACACGCUUGAACAUAUAUAUGCGUAUGUGGUACAAAUUUAUGUAGUUCCUGCUGUGUAUGGACUAUUAUUGUUUGAUAUAUAGCUCUGGGUGCAAUAUUUUCGUGACCUGAAUCUGUGAAUUUCGUUUUUGGGGAUCUGGGUUUUCUUGGGUUUCUGCUCAAAGGUAUGUUUAGGGCUCAAAAUUGGGGCUUUUGCUCUUGCUUCUGGGUUUGGCUCGUUGAAGCUGCGAUCUGAAAGUUGGUUCUCUUUUUUGGUUUCAAGUGAGGUUUGGAAGCUCUCGAGUCCUGCUAAAAGCCCUUUUUUGUUGUUCUUCAGGCUCAAAAUUGGGCAUUUCUCUCUGUUUUGCUUCUGUGUUUGGCUUACUGAAGCUGAGAUCCGAAGACUUCUUCGCUGCUUUACGCUUUCUGGGUCGUUCUGCUUUGGUGUUUGAAGUGAAAAGUUGGAAGCUUUUCUGCUACUUAGAGCUUUAGUUUUGGGCUGUUUGGUGAGUUUUGUUGGGGUCCAAACUGUAAUGUGCUGGUUGGUUUAUUGAAGUUUGAUUCAUGAAGCGCUUUGCUACUGACUGGUGUGGCUGGGGUUGGCUCAAGAAGGUCAAGUGCGGAUGAGGCUGAAAUCGAUCGUUUUAUGCAGUGGAACCGGUUUCGGUUGAAGAUUUCUGGAGGUUUCUUGGUGGUUUUGUUUAUAGCAUUCAUAUGAAGACUAUAUAAACAAGGAUCAUCAUCAUCUCUUAGCAAUAUAUUUGGUGGUGGUGGUGGUUUCAGAUUUGGGUGGAGAUUAUGGGGGAAUAGUAAAGGUAGUAUGCUGUUUUUGGUUGGGAAGGAAGUUCAAGAAGCCUUCUGUUUUGGGUUUCCUGGUUUGGGGCAAUUAGUGGUUUUUGUGGCUCCUAAUUUUGGGGUUGAGUUGAUUCUGCAGAUAUGAGACUCUCUUCUGUUGGUUUUACUCAGCAGUCGCCUGAAGGGGAGAGAAGAUGUCUGAAUUCUGAACUUUGGCAUGCAUGUGCUGGCCCUCUUGUUUCACUGCCUGCUAUCGGAAGCCGUGUGGUCUAUUUCCCGCAGGGUCACAGUGAGCAGGUUGCUGCAUCAACCAACAAGGAAGUGGAUGCGCAUAUGCCCAAAUAUCCGACCUUACCUCCACAACUCAUUUGUCAGCUUCAUGACGUGACCAUGCAUGCGGAUUUGGAGACAGAUGAAGUAUAUGCUCAAGUGACCUUGCAGCCUCUGAGCCCACAAGAGCAAAAGGAUGCCUCGUUCCUUCAUGCAGAUUUAGGGGCCCCCAGUAAACAACCAACAAAUUACUUCUGCAAAACAUUGACAGCCAGUGACACAAGUACUCAUGGAGGCUUUUCAGUUCCUCGCCGAGCAGCUGAAAAAGUGUUUCCUCCAUUGGACUUCACCCAGCAGCCUCCAGCUCAAGAGUUAAUAGCAAAGGAUCUGCAUGGUAAUGAAUGGAAAUUUAGACAUAUAUUUCGUGGCCAGCCAAAGAGGCAUCUCUUAACAACUGGAUGGAGUGUGUUUGUAAGUGCAAAAAGACUUGUUGCUGGUGAUUCAGUCCUUUUCAUAUGGAAUGAGAAGAACCAAUUACUUCUUGGCAUAAGGCGUGCCAAUCGCCCGCAGACUGUCAUGCCUUCUUCAGUUUUGUCAAGUGAUAGCAUGCACUUGGGGCUUCUUGCUGCAGCUGCUCAUGCAGCUGCUACCAAUAGCCGGUUUACCAUAUUCUAUAAUCCAAGGGCCAGUCCUUCAGAAUUUGUCAUUCCUCUAGCAAAAUAUGUUAAAGCGGUCUAUCAUACCCGGGUUUCUGUUGGCAUGCGUUUUCGAAUGCUGUUUGAAACUGAAGAGUCAAGUGUCAGAAGAUACAUGGGCACGAUAACUUGCUUAAGUGACUUAGAUCCUGUUCGGUGGCCAAACUCACAUUGGCGUUCUGUGAAGGUUGGUUGGGAUGAAUCUACAGCUGGGGAAAGGCAGCCAAGAGUCUCGCUUUGGGAGAUUGAACCCCUGACAACCUUCCCCAUGUAUCCAUCUCCAUUCCCUCUCAGGCUCAAGCGUCCAUGGCCGACUGGAUUGCCUUCUUUUAGUGGGAUUAGAGAGAAUGAUCUCGCAAUGAGUUCUCCACUUAUGUGGGUCCGUGGAGAUGCAGAUCGUAGUGUCCAGUCUCUAAACUUUCAGGGCAUUGGGGUGACACCGUGGAUGCAGCCAAGACUUGAUGCAUCCAUGCUUGGCAUGCAAAAUGACAUUUACCAAGCUAUGGCUGCUGCUGCUGCCCUUCAGGAGAUGAGGGCUGUGGAACCUUCCAGGCAGGCACUACCAUCUCUUUUGCAAUUCCAACAUCAGCAAAGUGUCCCCAGCAGGUCUGCUGGUCUAAUGCAGCCCCAGAUGCUACAGCAGUCACAGCCUCAAUCCGUUUUCCUUCAAGGUGUCAAAGAGAACCAGCCCCAAUCACAGAGUCAGUCUCAAUCGCAAUCUCAGACUCAUCUUCUUCAGCCACAGUUGCAGCACCAGCAUUCAUUUAGUAAUCACCGUCAGCAGCUGCAGACACCACUGUCUCAACAACAGCAACAGCCACAGCAACAGCAGCUGCUUGAUCAUCAGCAAGUGUCAACUGUUGUUUCUUCUCUAUCUCAGAUUGCUUCAAGCUCUCAAGCCCAGUCACCAUCAUUCCAAGCCAUCUCCUCCAUGUGUCAACAGCAGAGCUUUUCUGACUCAAACACAAACCCAGCAACCAAUGCUAUUGUUUCUCCUCUCCAAAGUCUUAUGGGUUCAUUUUCCCAGGAUGAAAUGCCCCACAUACUAAACUUGCCAAGAAGUGAUGCGCUAUUAUCCUCUGCUGGCUGGCCACCAAAGCGAGUUGCGAUUGAUCCUCUUCUAACAUCUGCAGCACCUCACUGUAUUCUGCCACAGGUGGAACAAUCAGUCCCACCCCAUACAAACGCCUCUCAGGAAGCUAUUUCAUUGCCCCCUUUUCCUGGCAGAGAGUGCUCCAUUGAUCAAGAAGGGACCAAUGAUCCUCAAAACCAUCUCUUGUUUGGGGUUAAUAUAGAUUCCUCAUCUCUUCUUAUACAGAAUGGGAUGUCAACUAUUAGGGGAGUUCCUACUGAAAGUGAUUCAAUGACUGUACCCUUUACGUCUUCCAAUAAUUACUUGAGUACUGCAGGAACCGAUUUUUCGCGUAACUCAGUGAUGACACCUUCCAGUUGCAUUGAUGAGUCGGGCUUCCUGCAGUCUCCUGAAAAUGUGGGUCAAGCAAACCCACCAACUGGAACCUUUGUUAAGGUUUACAAGUUGGGGUCCUUUGGCAGAUCGCUGGAUAUCUCCAAAUUCAGCAGCUACCAUGAGUUGCGCGGUGAGCUUGCACGCAUGUUUGGCCUUGAAGGCCAGUUGGAGGACCCCCUGAGAUCAGGCUGGCAGCUUGUAUUUGUUGACCGGGAGAAUGAUGUUCUUCUCCUUGGUGAUGACCCCUGGCAGGAGUUUGUAAACAGUGUGUGGUGCAUCAAGAUACUCUCUCCACAAGAAGUGCAGCAAAUGGGCAAACAUGGCAUAGAGCUUCUAAGCUCAUUCCCAAUACAAAGGCUCUCCAAUGGCAGCUGUGAUGAUUACCCAAGCCGACAGGAGUCGAGAAAUUUGAGUACUGGGAUUGCAUCUGUAGGUUCUCUUGAUUACUGAGACUGUUUAACUAGUUCAAAGUCUUUCCCGUCUUCUGUUAUCGUAGCAUUUCUUCCAACUGACAAAAUUAAUAGGAAGGAUUGCUUAAUUGUAGUUUAAAAAACUUUUAUAUAAGCUACAAUGUAAUUAUGUUAUAAAAAUCUUCCUGUUUCUAUGCUGAAGGAAUAUACAAGAACCUAUUUAUGGGAGAUCACUCCUGUUCUGGUAAA